GACGCCUAUGCAACAGUUGAUACAUACUUUUCUAAUCUGAUCACACCCGAGGGUGCCGAGUACCUUUCCGAGUUAUAUGGCUACAAAGGUGAUUACACGGACUUCAUCAGUCCAAAAUCGUACAUGGAAUUCACAGAAAUGACCCUUAAGCUGUCGGAUAAAUACUUUAGGCCAACAGGUGGAAUGUCAACUAUCAUUAGUACCUUGAAAAAGAAAGUCGAGUCUAUGGGAGGGAAAAUCUUCACGAGUACUGGUAUCAAAGGGAUGAUACAAGAAGGAGGUGUUUAUGUUUCACUGACACCAAACCUAAGAGUAAGAUCUAAAAAGCUUGUAGUAGCUGUCCCUCCACUGCACUUCCGAAAAGUGAACGGUACCAUUGCAAAGAAGAUUCAAAGAACAGCACAGUUUGAUUCAAUUCAGCCAAUCCCAGCCUUCAAAGGGGCAGCAGUUUACUCUAACGCUUGGUGGGAGAAAGUAUAUAUUGGAGGAUCACCCGUUAARCCUGGACAGAAAUUCAUCUCGCAGAGUAAUUGUCUUGGAAUAAGCAUGGCUCACAGAGGAAAAGGAACCAAAGGUGAAGGUGUUCUUCACACCAUGUACGCUGACGGUGCCUGCAGCAGACGAUGGAGAGACAUCUCUAACCUCAAGAAGAACUUUUUGAACGCUGAAGUUCAUCGUGCUYUGGAAACAAAGUUUGGGACAAAAAUCCCGGCGCCAUUGGACACUGCGUAUCAGUAUUGGGACUCAGCUUGGUAA